CUGCACGUAAGCUUCAGAACAGAACACACUGAGACUCUGUUUCACAUUAUCAUUCUCCUCUCUAUAAAUAAAAUGCCAUUAAUUUCAUUGUUUCCCAUUAGGCCCACAAUUCUACUAGCUCUAACUUAAUUACUCUGCAAAAAUGACUUUGGAAGCAAGUGAAAAAAGAGUGACAAAACAACAAACAGGUGGUGUGCAAGCACCACCAACACAAGAACCUGAUCAUCAGCUUCCUUGCCCACGCUGUGACUCUAUCAACACAAAGUUCUGCUAUUACAACAACUAUAAUUUGUCUCAGCCCCGCCAUUUCUGCAAGUCUUGCCGCCGUUACUGGACCCAAGGGGGCACUUUACGUGACAUCCCAAUUGGUGGAGGUAGCCGCAAAAAUGCAAAACGCUCCCGUAUUUACACCAAUACCCCCUUCUCCACCAUUGCUUCCGUUUCUCCUCACGUAGUACCCGGUAAUUCUCCGUUUGUGCUUCCUCUUCCUGCAGCCAAUCAAUUACUUUUUGGUACCGAUGUGAAGCCUAUCAAUAAUUUCACAUCGUUGUUGAGUUCUCAUGGGCCUGGGGUUUUAGCGCUUGGUGGAAUUGAGGAUAUGGGGUUUGAUAUUGGAAGAAGUGCCGUUUGGCCGUUUCCCGGAGCUCCGGAUCCGUAUGGUCGGAAUUAUAACAAUGGUAGCGGAGCUGGGAUGUGGCAGUUCUCCGGCGGAGAUUAUUUUAAUUAAUGAAUUUUCCAGAUAUAUACAUUUGCCAUUGAAUUGGCAUUGUUAUGCAUGAAAAUGAUUUGAGUAUGCGUUAGUUUUAUGUAACAGAGUACUA